AUGUAUGAGGGAUCAUCGGACGAGCACGAAAUGGAUCCGACUUCCGAAGGACCGAGCUCGUCGAGCGGAAGAACUCGAACUCCAGCCAGACGGCGGAGUGCGAGGAAUAAAGAAGAAGAAGUGGCGUCGGAGGAACGGACGAGCAGUUUGAGAAAAAGAAGCAAUCCAUCGGCGCUGGACCGGUAAGAAUUGAAUUUACAGGUGAAAACCGAUAAAUAUGAAAUUUUGAGCCCUGCGAAAACGAGGAGACGGUUCACAGACGAGGAAAUAAAGGAGAUGUGGUUGUUUGUCGUCAACAAAAUACGCGACCCAUUCACUGAUCGGAUAAUAAAACUGCAAAUUGGCUUGAAAACUUGGACAGAGUUCAAAAUGACCAGCGACUCGCCUCGUGACGCCAUCAGUUUCUAUUGUUGGUAAGAGCCGGCGUAAAAGGACUGGAAAGUUUGACAAAAGGUGUUCAGCUUCAGACGACUCGUUCACACCCUCUACACGACGAAUUUCGAUCUGCAGACGAAGGCGAAUCUACAUUAUGCACUUUCGAUUCCCAUCGAAAAUCAGGAAUUUCUGGAAGAGUAGGCUAACAAAGAUUUCCCGCCGAACUUUACAUCGAAUUUCAGACUGAGACAAGUCGCCGACAUCGUUCUCGACUCGCACCAACGGAUUGUGGCGUACCGCAAGAAGCGGGUUCCCGGCGCGCUGCUGAAUAUGAACGAGGACUACUGGGAUGAGGUGUGGGACGAAGAGGCGAUUCGGCGAGUCGAGCAGGGAGACGAAGGCGCGCCGCCGCCUGCAAAUUUCGACGCUGGAGAGGAGGAGGAGGAAGACACGUCCGGAGACGUCUUUUUAUAA